AUGACGGAUCUACUAGGUAAUGAGAUUGCUGAUUUGGUCUAUUCUGAAUAUGACCGGUUAAGCACUAGCAGCAAGCCGGCUGUACGAUCAAACGGCACUAAGGAAUGGACAAUUCUCUCUGGGUUAGUUGCAGUACCGUUGCAUCCCGGUCCCCAGCUUCGAUUGAUUUCGUUAACCACUGGUGUCAAGGCGACACCCAAUCAAGAUUUGGAGAGAAGUCAGGGAAGGGUAUUGCACGACUGCCAUGCUGAAAUUUUGGCUCUCAGAGGAUUCAAUUAUGUGCUACUACGCCAGAUGCAAGCGGCGAGAAACAAUGACAGAUGCGAUCUCAUAUUGCCAGGGAUCCAAGAUACUAACAAGUUUAGGUUGAACCCGGAGUACCAACUAGCAUUAUUUAUCUCUCGGUUGCCUUGCGGUGAUGGUAGCAUGAAUUCGCUACAAGAGCAGGGUGGAUUGGGACAGGAUACCAACGGAAUUGACGACGAUGAUCCCGUACAAUAUAUCGAUCCGAACAAUCGCAGUUUACUAAGGGGCCGAUUCAAUUACGCGAAGAAGGGUUGUGUGCGAACAAAACCUGGGAGAAUGGACUCCAAGAUAACGUAUUCGAAAUCUUGUUCAGAUAAGUUAUGUUGUCAUCAAGCCACUUCCAUCUUGAAUGCUUGUACUUGGCCACUAAUUGAAGAAGCCGUUUACAUAGACUAUCUGAUAGUACCGAAUAUCAGUGCUUCCGAUCGAAAUGCUCUGGAAAGGUGUUUCACAACGAGACUGUCCUCUGCGACUUUCCCAGUCCAUAAGAUGCAAAUACUAUCCUGCGGUCAAAGUUUUGCAGAUGACCAGCAGGAUGAAGAUGAACAACCUAGCUCCAUCAGUUGUGUGAAACUGUACAUAACGGAAGGUGAGACGUUGGAGCAAGCUGUUCUGAGCGGUAUCCGCAACGGGUUUUUCACCAAAGUGAGCAAACCUCUCCGUAACAACUGUGAAACUGCCGUGAGUAGACUCUCACAGUGGCGUUUAUUCUGUACCUUGAACCCUGAGGCAAGUAACAAGUACACGAGUUAUCGAGAUUUCAAGUCAAAACUUGUGCCGCGCGCCGAAUUGAUCACCAGAACAAGAUCGCUACUGACCAAUGGUCAGCCAUGGAUCCCGACCUGCAGUGACGACUUCAAUACAUGCUAA